AUGCGUUUCACUUUUACUUUUGAUACCAUUCUCAACUCUGUUCCAUUUGGUUCAUUGAUAGAUCGUAUCAUGUCUAGUUCUUCAAUAAAUGCAGCUCUUGGAUCCCUGGGCAUUGUUCCUCUGAUUCCAUGCCCACCCUUACCCCUCAUUAUUACAGAAUGGGCCGCGAUCCUGCCGCUCAUAUGUCAUCUCGCCUCUCAGCGUGACGAUUAUGUCACUACAGGAGAUGUGGCGCUCCAGGGGAAACUUUCUAUAGGCUUGUUUCCUCGCCUGGGGACGCUGUCUGGGAUAUCGAGGUUGUUGGAGAGAGGAACAGAAUAUCUUGAUUUUGCAAGCACAAAAGGCGGCUCCAGUCGCACCGUCUGGGAUGUCAAAUGGGGAAGCGUCUUUCCCUGUGCCAAUGGUGCAGCCAUCGGUGCGAUUUCAGCGUAUCUUCUGAGUCGCAAUAAGGAGUCCCCGACAUGCAUGCCCGAAACGCCGUCCCACCAAACAGCAAGACAGAAUUCGGAGAAAUCGUCUAUCAAAGAUGAUCCAUCUUCUACUCCUGCAUAUAUGUCUUAUAGCGGCGGCUCUAAUCCUAAAGAGCAAGGCUCGAUCCGACGAUUCCAAACUCUGCAUGUAUACGAGUUUCAUCGCAGUCAAAAAAGAAGCUCCCUGGGUCAAAGAUUCAGACAAUUCUUGCAUGUGCUCCCUGUCCAAGUUGCAUCGUGGGUUCUGCUCAUGGGUCUUGCGGUGUUCUUUCUCCUAUUCGGAUGUUAUGGGACAUGUGCCAUCGUCGUGUGUUCUACUAUAUCCGAGAUUGUAGCACACAACGUCAAAAUGCUUCGUUCUCCGACAUACUUGAAGAACAGUGAACACCACGACGCGUGUAUGCUUGUCGCCGCACACGAAAACGCUACAGAAUGGCAUCUUUACAUUGGAGACCGUGCAAUCGUGGAUUCGCUGCUCAAUAAGCAAAUGUUCAUCGUCCCCAGUGGACCCCGUAUAAAAUUUGCUGCGACUUGGUUCUGGUUUGCCCACCUAUUCCAACUUGCGGCCAUGUCAUUCGUGGCCGCCCAAAAAGGCUGGGACGGAGUCUGCUUGAUAACCUUACUGACUACGCACUUGGCCUUUUAUUUUUUUCACAGCAGCCGAGGUUUGGCGCAGGACUGGCUGGAGGCGGAGGGCAUCGAUGCCAGAGUCAAGAGCUUCAAGUUCAGCGGGCGGUUUGGGUUAAUCGGUGCCAUCCAGCUCUUCAGCGGGAGCACUGUGACUCGCUGGAUGGAUACGAUCCUUGCCCCUCACGCUAGACGAGAGGCCUGGCUUGAAUGGCUCCAGGGCGUUUAUCCGGCUGGAAAUCUCGACGUCACCGAUGCUUCGUGGGUUCAGUUCUCCUCGGAUGCUGCCUUCGCCGGCGCAGAAGUGCUCAUGAGGGAGUUUACCGUCGUCUCAACGCCUUCAACCUCGGCAUAG